UCAAAGUUAUGGAAAUGUAUAAUAAUUUGAGAGGAACAAUAUGGCACCUAAUGAUCAAUCAAAAUACAACUUCUGUUAAAAACAACCACCUUUGUUGUCGAAUACGUUUCCACUAGGGCAUGGAAAUAUUUUCAGCAGCCACAUACAAACAGCACAUAUAUAUGAAAAAAAAACUGAGCAUACACUGCUAAUCGGAGAUUGGUAGAGGUUGUAGACGAAUAUGUAGCGGACACACAGAACAGCUUGGACAAGGACGGAGCUGAGCAGCAAUACGCGUACAUUACAGUAGAAAUAGAACGGUGAAUUGCACAGACCAGUCCUGCAGAGGGUGUUGCAACUUUUUUGACCAAUUUGCAGCGUGCAGGCUCCUCCCCUUACUGCAGUGUGUUCAUCACGUCUUCUCGGUGAGGAAGUUCAAGGAAUGUAAAUGUCCUCGGAAGAUCAAGAAGCCCAAGAGGAUGAGCUUCUGGCUCUAGCGAGUAUCUACCAUGAGGAGGAAUUUAGGAGGGCCGAGUCUUCUCAAGGGGGGGAGAUUCAGGUCUGUCUGCAGCUGCCUAAGGACUUUAUCAUAUUCGUCAGCGGAGAAGACCAGCAUGCCCAGAAAAAGGACAGGAUAGAACACAGUGUGUCAUUUCUACCUCCAGUCGUGUUGAACUUUGAGUUACCUUCAGAUUAUCCAUCAACCUCUUCCCCCAUAUUCACCUUGAGCUGCAAAUGGCUUCCCAAAAUUCAGCUUAGUGCCGUUUGCAAGCGUUUGGAUGAUCUCUGGCAGGAGAGUGUUGGAAGUGUGGUCCUGUUCUCAUGGAUGCAGUUCCUGAAAGAAGACCUUCUCACUUUCCUGAAUAUAAAGUCCCCGCUAGAAAUUAAAAAUCCCUCCAAAGGCAGGCAGAAAAAGAACGAGCUUGACGACAUUCACAGCAAUGCCAAGGAAGAAUCACUGGACCCAAGAGCCAUCCAGGACUCAGAUUCCAGGAUCAGCAUCCUCCCUCAGAUCCUAGAUUUCGAUCAGACUCAACAGCAGAAGGCCUUCGACAAUAAGGCAUAUGUCUGUGGCAUCUGCUUUUCAGAGAAGAUGGGAGCUGAGUGCCUGGAUUUUAAAGAGUGCAAGCAUGUGUACUGCAAGGCCUGUCUCAAGGAGUAUUUCCAGAUCCAGAUCAGAGACGGGAAUGUCCAGUGCCUUAACUGUCCAGAGCCUAAAUGCACCUCAUUGGCUACACCUGCACAGGUUAAGGGCCUCGUAGGGGAAGAGCUCUUCGCUCGCUACGACCGGCUGCUACUGCAGUCCAGCUUGGACAUGAUGGCGGAUGUGGUGUACUGUCCUCGGAGAGUCUGCGAGACGGCAGUGAUGCUGGAGCCCGGCUGUACCAUGGGCAUUUGUUCUGGUUGCCAGUAUGCAUUCUGUACCCUCUGUAAACUGGCCUACCAUGGGGUGUCACCCUGCAGCACAACUGCAGAGCAGCUACGCGGCCUACGUGAUGAGUACCUGGGGUCAACGGACGAGGGGAAGAAAUUCCUUGAGCAACGCUUUGGGAAGAGGGUCAUUCAGAAGGCAGUGGAGGAGUCCCACAGCCAGGACUGGCUUGAGAAGAACUCCAAGGCCUGUCCACGUUGUGGCACUCACAUACAGAAGGUGGAUGGCUGCAACAAGAUGACCUGCAUCAACUGCCACCAGUACUUCUGCUGGCUUUGUAUGUGUCAGCUGUCACGGGCCAACCCCUAUGGGCAUUUCAACAAUAGUGCUAUGCCCUGCUUUAACCAGUUGUUUCAAGGUGUCGAUAUUGAGGAUGAUGCAUUCUGGAGCGAUGAAGAAGAUGACGACGACUAAUAUGAAAGUUAAAGGGGAUUGCAAUCACAGAAAUCUGCCCAUUCUGUCCUGAUGCGACAUGCCUUUACAUGGUGUAAAAUUUAAACAAUGGAACAAUAGCUCCCGUAGUCUAAGGGAAAAACACACCGGGUGUCAUCAAAGCUUAUACUUUGGAGCUUGAACCACUUGCAUUUUGUAUUGUUUUAGGUAAAACAUUAUGUUACAAAAUGUGAAACUGCUGGAAGUGGAAUUUAAAUUUAUCUUUCCAAAAUGUGACACUUUGAAGGUCUAUUGUUUUUUUUUGUUUUUUUUUAGGUAUUUGCAAAUUAAAAACUGCACUGUUCUGACACUAUGUACAAGGGGCAUAAAAGAGGCUUAAAACAUAUUGUGGUGCACCUCAGCUUAGCUGUCUGCAUUGGCUCAUUUUUUAAGAAUGAAAAUGAACACAAAUAAGGUAUUUAAUUGUCAAUCCUUAUUUAAGUAACACUCAUAUACAAUAACUGACAGCGAUAUCAUCUGGUACACCUUGGGUCGUGUUCUUCCUUUAAAUGCAAUCACGCCUGUUUAAAACAAAAUGACUCGUUUUUUUAAUGAACAUUUACAUGAAAUAUUUGUAACUUUAAAAAUGAAAAA